AUGCUAUUGUGCAAGUCUGAUAACUUAUCCUUUGCUGCACCUCUGCGACUCCGCUCAGUUUGCCCCUCCAAACAGGUGGUUAUCACUCGCCUUUUCACACGCGCUCUCAUAUUCCUGGGUCAUUACUGCAGGUCUGUUGUCAUAAUCCGCAAUGAAAAUCUUCUUAUUCCGCGUCGGAGUUGGUGUUCACGAUUUAUGAGAGCCGUCACCUCAUCGUCUUCAGCCGCACAACCGCUCAAAACGAGUCACGGUAAGUUUCUUGCUGAAAUCGAUGCCGCCAAGCGAUGA